GCCACGCCCCCUUUUGUUGCUUACCUCACUCCGUGUCUCCGCCGGAUAAAUUCGCAGUAAAUCGGAGCGAAAUGUCGCUAUCUUUGAGGAUUUGCGCCAUUUUCAGGAAUAGUAGGCCCUUAUUGAAGACUCAAACUGCAACGCUGCAUAAUUUUCCGCGGGGUUUAGCGAAAAAUUCUUGUUUCUUCUGCACCAGUUUAAGACAACCAAGUAUCGUUUCCUCGUCAAAUAAACUGCAUUGCAACACAUUUUCAACCAAAGUGGGAGACGGCAAGGAUGAGAAAAUCUACCAGGGUGGCCUGGUGCCCCACGUUCGGCGAAUCAAAUAUUUCACCCUGUCCACCAGCGUGCUCGGCGUGGCCGUUCAGCCUGUCAUUUGGACCAAAUUCUUAGCGAAAGUUGGCGCCGGCAUGGCUUACUCGAUGCUCACUUUUGUCAGCUUUUUCACCAUCGUUACGCCACUUUUGAUUCACUACGUCACGAAGAAAUACGUCGCCGAGAUGUACUACAACCCGGACACGCAGACGUAUACGGCGAUUACCUUCAGCUUUUUCAACGGCAGGGUUGAGACCAAAUUCAAGCAGGAGGACGUCUUCAUGCCGGAUAUGCUGGGCAUUUUCGAGAGCUUCAGAGUGAACAACAAGCCUCUUCUGGUGGACUCGAGCCAGUUCCGAGAACCCAAGGACUACGGCAAGCUGAUGGGCUUUGACAAGCCGAUCGAUUUUACUUAUUACGAGGACAAGGAGAAGCAGAAAUAAGAAUGCAAUAAAUGUAUAGGUUGAAAUUAG